AACAGAUCAAAACCAUUUCUUCUAUCCUCACAAAAACAGAGCAAAAUCAUAACUAACCGAAACGCAGCGUUUUAAUGGCGGUGUACGUCGGCGAUGAAGAGGUCUGGAAAUGCCCGAAACACCCCUCGAAGCGGAGGCGCAGCGGCAUCUGCCCCGCCUGCCUCCGCGACCGCCUCGGCAGCCUCUGCCCCAGCUGCCACACCGCCCGCCCCUGCUCCUGCUCCUGCUCCGCUGAGUCCUCAUCCUCGACCUCGUCUUCUUCCUCGUCCUCCAACCUCGUCGACGGCGAACCCUCCUUCCGCCGCUCGAGGUCCGUCGCCGUCCCCUUCUUCCGCUCCAGGCACGGCGAGGAAACCCACGGCAGCGCCAGGACGCCGUCGUUCCUCUCCAUGUUGAAGAGGAGCAAGACGAAGAGAGCCGAGCUUCCGCCCAAGCCUAAGAGCGAGGAAAUUAUAGUUAACGAUGAGGAGAGCAUCGAGAGCAAUGAUAGGAUUGAAGACUACGUGAGGAUGGUGUCGAGGUCUAGAUCGGUCAACGUCGGCGCGUCGUCGGCGAUGGCCUCGGGGCUGUUCCGCCGCCGUGACGACGUCGCUGCGUCGCCGGCGAGGGGUAAAUUUUGGCAUUUUCCGAGCCCGAUGAAGGUGUUUCGGAGCUCCAAGACUCCCAAGGUUGUUAUUCAAGCUUGAUUUUCUUUUUCCUUUUAUUUAAUCCAAUUGUUAACAUAAUUACGACUGUUUUACCUUUUGUAUUUGUGUGUAUUGGUCACGGAGUGUUCCGAUUAACUAAAAUAAUAUGCUGUGGCUUCUCUUGAGAAUCUAAUUAUUGAAAAUUGUGAUGUGUAUAUUUCUAAGAAAUAAAGGUGGUUUUCUACUUUUAUGUA